GACCUGAUCCCUAUUAGGGUCAGAGGGCAAGAAGCCAUGGCUACAAAAACAGCCUCCUCACCGCUGGAAAACCUGGACCUGAGCGGAGAGGAGGUGCAGAGGCUCACCUCCGCCUUCCAGGACCCCGAGUUCCGGCGCCUGUUCUCCGAGUAUGCCCAGGAGCUCACUAACCCCGAGAACCGGCGGCGCUACGAGGCGGAGGUGACGGCGCUGGAGCGUGAGCGCGGGGUGGAGGUGCGCUUCGUGCACCCCGAACCGGGCCACGUGUUGCGCACCAGCCUGGACGGGACGCGGCGCUGCUUCGUGAACGUGUGCAGCAACGCGCUGGUGGAGCAGCCCAGCCGCCGGCCGGGCCGGGAGGGCGGCGUGGGCUCGGCGCCCGGCACUCACUGGUCGCUGCCCUACAGCCUGGCGCCGGGCCGCCAGUACGCCGGGCGCCGUGGCACCGGCUACACCGUCUACGACGUGGUCUUCCACCCGGAUGCGCUGGCCCUGGCCCGGCGCCACCAGCGCUUCCGCGAGAUGCUGGACGCCACGGCCCUGGAGGCGGUGGAGAAGCAAUUCCACGUCCAGCUGGACCGCAGGAACGCCAGGACCCUGAAGAUGAAAUACAAGGGGACCCCCGAGGCCGCCGUGCUGCGCAGGCCCCUGCCGGGCGGCGCCCCCACCCAGCCGGAGGAGGAGCCGGCCGGCCCGCUCCCGCCCUUCCCCUACCCCUACCCCGCCCCGCCGGCCGCGGAGCCCUCGGCCCCGCCCCCGCCGCCGGAGCCCGCCCCUCCGGAGGCGGCGCGGCGGCGGCGGCCGGCCCCCACCGAGCCCCGCUGCGGCGUGGUGCAGCGCCACCACGUGGACCUGCAGGACUACCGCUGCGCCCGGGACUCGGCGCCGGGCCCCGUGCCGCACGAGCUGGUGGUCACCAUCGAGCUGCCGCUGCUGCGCUCGGCCGAACAGGCGGCGCUGGAGGUGACGGGGAAGCUGCUGUGCCUCGACUCCCGGGAACCCGACUACCGGCUGCGGCUCUCGCUCCCGUACCCCGUGGACGACAGCCGCGGCAAGGCGCAGUUCAACAAAGCCCGGCGGCAGCUGGUGGUGACGCUCCCGGUGGCGGCGUCCGCCGUGCGACGCGACCUCCCCGCGGAUCCGCGCGGCACGGACGGCGGCGCGGCCUGCGCUUCCGCCCGCCCGGGGGAGGCGGGACCGGAGGAGAGCUGCGCCGCAGACCCAGGUCGGAGUUCCAGCCCCGUCGGGGCCGCAGACGCCGAGAUCAGCAGCACCCCACGCUCCCCGGAGGUGGCGCCUGCGUCCGCGGCCGCCGGGCCGGAGGAGCGGGACUCGGGCCGGUACUCGGUGUCGCCUCCCGGAGCGGGGAGCUCACCGGGAGACGGAGGCGGAGGCUCCCCUCCCGGUGCAUCUCCGGAUCCCGACUGGGAGUCUCCGCUAGUGGGAGGGGGCGCGUGCGGAGAUCACACCGCCGAGGCGCGCGAGGAAGCGGAGGGGCCGGGAGGCGAACCCUCAGACCCAGCCAUGGGCGGCCCGGGCUCCCCAAGCGGCACACCUCGGUGUCCGCCCGUGCAGUGUGAUCAAGAUGAAGAUUGCUUGACUCUGUUAGUCCGCGUGCCUCGGAUUCAGCCGCAGAGUCUUCGCGGGGAGCUGACUCCUCUCCACUAUAAACUGUGCUUCUCCACGCCAGACUCCGUUUAUUCCUUCCUUUUGCAAUUUGCUCCAGGCAAUAAGUUGAGUCCCGACGAACCCGCGGUUAGCCUUUCUUCAGACAACGCGGUCAUAGUGUUGGCCAAGUCUCCAGAGAGCCGUGGAUACUGGCGAGAGUGGUAUUGGGGUUUAAACGACGCUUCUUUGGAGGAAAGGUUGUUUGUCAGUGAAGAAAAUGUUGAUGAGUUUCUUGAUGAGGUCUUGAGCUCUCCAUCGAAACAGGCAACUUCCCUAACUUCACCUUUAAUUGAAGUACUUCAUGUUACUGAUGAAAAGAUUGAAAUUCAUGCAAAGUUGCUAGAAUGUAGUAAUCCUGAUCAGUUUCAAGAAAAGGAAAGAAGCCUCAGUGAAGGAGGUCAUCUAACUGAAAAAGACAACCUGGAACAUCUUACAACUGAUUCUGAUUCAUCUGUAGCACUUAAAGAACUAAAAAUAGAUACUUGUGAUUUAGUAACAGGCUUGGAACCAGGAUCUCUUAAUGAUUCUCAGAUACUAUUGGAAAAAUCCAAGCAACCCAAGGCAAACAUGGAACCUGAAUUUACAGAAGAAAAAAGUGCUACUUACUCAAAUGAGGAAAAAGACAAUUUAGAAGUGAUAACUAAAGAGAAAGAAUUCAGUGGAGAUCAAUUAUCUUCAUUGCUGAGCAGAACAGUAGUUCACAAGAUACCUGAUGUUGAUAGCAUCAAAGAAACCAACAUGCAGGAUGGCAGUGUGGAGAUUAUUAAAGAUCAUGUGACACACUGUGCUUUCAGCUUUCAGAAUUCUUUGCUAUAUGACUUGGAUUAAUACUAUUUAGGAAUAUAAAUGUUAAGAGUAAAUUUUUUUAACCUAAAAUAACUUCUUUGUGUUAACUAUGCAGAAUAAAACAUGUAGUUAUAUAAUCUGUAUAUAUGGACAUAUGUUGGAAUUUCAUACUUUUGUUUACCAUUUAAUAAAAGUUUCAAAAUAUUCA